AUGCUUUCCAUAUGCCGCGCAAGGCAUAGAUUCAUAAAAUUUUAUUUCGCCGUUUUGAUGCUCGCAUCGCCCGUCCAUUCCGGCCCCAGAUACAGCUCCAGGAUCGUCGACAUCCAAUCGGGGGCCAUCCGGGGCGUCAUCCUGGAACUGAACUCCAGGCACCUGGAGCCGGUGGAGGUGUUCCGCGGCGUGCCGUACGCGGCGCCGCCGGUGGGGCCGCUGCGAUUCCGGCCGCCGCAGCCGCCGGUGUCGUGGCCGGGGACGCGGCUGGCCGACAGCUUCGGGGCCGCCUGUCCGCAGAAGUAUCCGGACGUGACGAACCGGACGGCGGCGCUGCAGUUCAUGCCGAAGGGGCGGUACGCGUACCUCAGGAAGCUGGUGCCGCUGCUGGCGAACCAGUCGGAGGACUGCCUGUUUUUGAACAUCUACGUGCCGGGGAGCGGUAACAGGGGGUUGGAAGCCCCGUACGCUGUUCUGGUAUUCAUCCACGGGGAGAGCUUCGAGUGGGGCGCGGGCCACCCUUACGACGGCAGCGUAUUGGCCUCCUACGGUCACGUGAUCGUCAUCACGCUCAACUUCAGAUUAGGCAUAUUGGGUUUCCUGCGAACGCAAUCGUCGAACGUCCUGAGCAACCCCGCGCCACCUUCGGCGGACAAAGGGUGGGACUCCUCCGGAGGCAACUUGGGGCUCAAGGACAUCGCCGCCGCCCUGCAUUGGAUCAAAGCGAACAUCGCAGCGUUCGGCGGCGAUCCCGAGCGGGUGACGCUGCUCGGCCACGACACCGGAGCCGCUUUGGCGAAUCUGCUCUUCCUAUCGCCCACCGCCAAAGGACUUUUCCGGAGAGUGGUGCUGUUGAGCGGCACCGCCCUCAGCCCUUGGGCGACGGUCCGAAACGCGGACGGUUUACGGAUCAGCGUGGGCCAACAGACCGGAUGUUUGCCCAUGGAUAUGCCCCCGCAGGAAGAGGACAACGUUGACAUAGCCGCCUGUUUGCGAUCUAGGCCCCUGCAAGUCCUGCUGGACGUCGAACUGGAGAAAGUCCGCUUCAUGCCGCGCAUCGCCCCGUCGCUGCCCGUCGACUCUCUCUCGGUGGAUCCCGCCUACGCCAUGGAGCACGCCAGCGAGAACUUCAUCACCUGCGAGGUGAUGCUCGGCACGACCACCACCGAGAGCUACGGCGACUUCAGCGCCAACGACAUCCAGUACGGCUUCGAGGAGGACCAAAGGAACCGCGUGCUGCGCACCUACAUCCGCAACGCGUACGUCUACCACUUGAACGAGAUAUUCUCGGCGGUGAAGAACGAGUACACCGAUUGGGACAAGCCCAUCCAGCACCCGAUCAACAUCCGCGACUCCACCAUGGAGGCGCUCAGCGACGGCCACACCGUCUCGCCGCUGGUGCGCGUCGCUUAUCUCCACGCCCGUCGCGGCGCCAAGACGUUCUUCUUUCACUUCGGCUACCAGACGAAAGACAGCGAUUACCCGCAACGGUUGGGCAGCAUCCGGGGGGAGGAUAUCACGUACGUGUUGGGGCUGCCGCUGGUGGGCGGCCAGCCGCACUUUCCGCAGAACUUCAGCCGGCAGGAUUUGGGCGUCGCCGAGGCGAUGCUGGGCUUUGUCGGGAAUUUCGCGAAGAGCGGCGAUCCGAACGCGCCUACGCAGAGCAACAAGGAGCCGGAUUACGGGGGCAAUCGCGAGAAGACCCGCUACAAGGGGCUGGUCUGGGAAUCGUACGAGAUCGGCACACAAUAUUAUCUCAGCUUCACUUCGAAGCCGAAAAUGAAGAGCCAUUACCGCGGUCACAAGAUGGCAGUGUGGCUGAAUCUUAUCCCGCAACUCCAUCAGCCCGGCGACGACGACGUCACGAUGCGCCACCACCAUUUCCACGAGAGGGAACCCCACUAUUAUGCAGGAGCGGUAAGGAUGGAAUCAUUUACAAGACUCCCACCGCCUCUUCAUCCAGCUUCAAUGACAGAUUCGCAUUCGACCACAGGAGAGGGAACAGAGUGCAUACCGAAUACUACAGCAGAUGAAGGUUUAACCCCAGAUCCGAAAAUUGACGAAACCGACGAAGACAGCGAGGAGUUCCUGCAACGCUUGGCCACCCGGCAUUACUACAGCUACACGGCCGCUUUGGGGGUGACUGUGGGAGUUGGGUGCCUCCUGCUGGUGCUCAAUAUGCUCAUAUUCGCUGGUAUUUACUACCAAAGAGAACGCGAUCGUCGGCGACAUACUACAUCAAGGUCACGCCAGAACCGGUCGAACUCCACGCCCUCCACCGAGACGAUCCCCAUGUCCCAGCGUCCUUCGACUCCGGGCAGUUCGGCGAGGCAAUCUCCCGUUCCGGUGAAGAAGGAGAAGACGGGGGGCGAGUUCCCGCCCUCGUACACGAUGGUGCCGAACAGCCUGAACUGUUCGACGCUGUCCAAGCGGGAGAAGCCGCCGCCGCCGGUGAGGACGUCGAGCGUGCCGGGCGGGGGGACGGUGAAGAAGCGGGUGCAAAUCCAGGAGAUAUCCGUAUAG